GCUCAUCAGUGCCACGUGCCAGUGCCCAUCAGUGCCACCCAUCAGUGCCAGUCAGUGCCACCUAUCAAUACCAAUCAGUGCCACCUAUCAGUGCUGCCAGUCAGUGCCACCUAUCAGUGCCAAUCAGUGCCACCUAUCAGUGCCAAUCAGUGUCACCUAUCAGUGCGCAUCAGUGCCGCCUAUCAGUGCCACCUAUCAGUGCCGGUCAGUACCGCCUAUCAGUGCCAGUCAGUGCUGCCUAACAGUGCCAGUCAG